UUGGUCACGUUUGUACACACUGAAAUAAAAUGUUUGGCUUAGAGAAAUACAUGGAAUCCCUCACAUUCUUCACAACACAAAGUGAACUCCAAUAACCCAAAUCAAUUCAGAGACGAAAAAAAAAAGAAAAAAAAAAUUCCAACUACUUUUUUUUCAACUAACUUUUCUCUCGCCCUUCAACCAAAAACUUCUCAUCAAUCUUGAAUCCAGAAAAAAAAAAAUUCCUUUAUACAUGUUCUUUUUCAAGAUAUCAAAGAAGUUAACAAUCGCGGUAUUUUCCUAGUCGCGAAUGUGAUACUAUUGGUGUUUGAAUCAAGAAAGCCCCGUGUUGAAUUGAAGGUUUUUUUGAAAAGAAAAGAAGAGAUAAAUAAUGUCAAGCAAGUUAAAGAAAGCAAUUGGUGCAGUAAAAGAUCAAACAAGCAUUAGUCUUGCAAAAGUUGCAAGCAACACUUCUUCAACCCUUGAAGUUGCUGUCCUAAAAGCUACAACACAUGAUGAUGUGCCUAUCAAUGAUCGAUAUGUUCAAGAAGUCAUCAAGCUUGUUUCCUCCAACAAGGCCUACGCGGCUGCCUGUGCUCGUGCCAUUGGCAAACGCAUUGGUAGAACAAGGAAUUGGAUCGUUGCCCUCAAGUCGUUGAUGCUUGUCCUACGAAUUUUCCAAGAUGGUGAUCCUUAUUUCCCUCGAGAAGUUCUUCAUGCUAUGAAACGUGGAGCUAAGAUUCUCAACCUUUCAAGUUUUCGUGAUGAUUCCAAUUCUAGUCCUUGGGAUUUCACAGCAUUUAUUCGUACAUUUGCCUUGUAUCUUGAUGAGCGUUUGGAUUGUUUUCUUACUGGAAAGCUUCAAAGAAGAUACAAUUAUCGCGAACGAGAGAAUUCUAGCAGCCAUUAUAGGACUACUGGUCAUAAUCGAAGAAGGGGUGAUGAGCCCGUUCGUGACAUGAAACCAGUAAUGCUGCUUGACAAGAUCUCGUAUUGGCAACGGUUGAUUGAAAGAGCAAUUGCUACAAGACCAACAGGGGCAGCUAAGACGAAUCGUCUUGUUCAAAUCGCUUUGUAUGCUGUUGUCACAGAAAGUUUUGAUCUUUACAAAGAUAUCUCAGAUGGGCUCGCUCUCGUUCUUGAUAGUUUCUUCCAUUUACCAUAUCAAUCGUGCGUAAAUGCCUUCCAAACCUGUGUUAAAGCUGCUAAACAAUUCGAGGAGAUCAGUGCUUUUUACUCCGUGUGUAAAACCAUAGGAGUUGGCAGGACAUCGGAAUAUCCAAGCGUGCAAACUAUCUCAGAGGAGUUGAUUGAAACGUUGCAAGAAUUUCUCAAGGAUCAAUCUUCAUUUCCAGCACAUACGCAAAGCAAAUCACAUUUGCUUCUUCAAGGUCCCCCUGGUGUUUCAACAAGGACUACGAGCAGCAAACGCAACAGUUAUGGUUGUCAAUCCGAAUUUUCCAUGGCCACAGAAACGACAGAGCCAUACUCGGAGAAGAGUACCAAUUCUUGUGUUGAUUCGCGUUGCACAUCGUUAGAAGAUCUAAUAAGUGCAACUGAAACAUGGAAGACUCCAGCCAAUAUUUCGAUUGAUUUGGAGGCCUAUUCAGAUAUUCAAUAUGGGAAGCAGUUGCAUGAAAAGGACGAUGUAGUCUCUACUCAUUCGUUGCCCAUUUCAAAUUCCAUGGCUGAUCUCGUAUCCUUACCAGAUUUUCAAGAAUACGGUGAAGAUGACGAAAAGAAACAAGAAGAAGAAAAACAACAAAAACAAGAAUCUGAACUUGACCAACAGCACAAACAGAAUCCAUCAUUUGAUUCUACUAGUUCAGCCAAAGGAUGGGAACUCGUGUUAACUGAGGCGAUCCCAUCAACGUCUUUCAAUGCAUUCCCUGAGCAACCAAAACCGGAUCACUUGUCAGGAAACGAAACAAGAGGGGUAAUAACACCAUCAGCAUCUUUCAACGAAUUCCUGGAACAAGGACAAGAAAAUGUAACAACAAAUGAAGCAGAAGUUUCUUCAAGCAAUGGCUGGGAAUUGGUACUAUUCGAAAAUAUUCCACCAGCACAAUCAACACAACCUGUCCCUAGCACCACCACCAACAGCGUCAACAGCUUCACUUUCAGCACUUUGGAUGAAUUGUACAAUCAGAAUCAUACACCAUUUUAUCCGAAUAAUGGCCUAAACUCACAAUUCAACCCUAGAACAAACAACUUUUUGUAUGAUCAAAAUCCAAACAAUGGCCUAAAUGCAUAUUAUCAUCAAGGUCCAGUCUUGCCAGCACCUCAACACUACAAUCCAUUUUUACAAGACACAUCAAUGGAGCUAGCCAUGGUACCGGUCACGAGUGCACCUGCCCCAUACCCAACUAUGACCAAGAAUUCUUCGUUUUCAUUCCCGACCACUACUGACAUGUUCACAUCAUCAGCACCAGCACCUACAUUUCGAGCUACUCCAACUUUUAGUGUUCAGAAUCACACCACAGGGUCAAUGCAGGGCACUAAUAUGGACGACCCAUUCGCGACAUUUUCGAGUAGUGAUAAGAUGUUUAAUGGCAUCAAGAAUGAGCAGAAUUUGAUGCAAGAGCAACAGUUAUGGUUGCAGAACCAAAACAAAAUCAUAGCAAAACAUAGGGCUUGAUUUAUAUACGUGUGUAAAGUGAAAUAAAUCUUCUUGUUAUGUUUAUACAAAAUUGGUUUUGUGUAAAUUCUCCUCCCCUUCUAGCAAGAUUUUUCGAUCAGGCUUCCUCCACGGAUCGAGUUUGUCUUUAGAAAACGUUCUUGGUGAAAAAGAAUGUAAAUGAACGAUCCCACUAAUUGAAUUGGA